AGUGUCCAGCACCGCUGAUAAACCUGCCACCCUGCCUCUGUCUGUGUCUGUGUGUCAGCUUCUCCCCUCCAGUGUCCUCCGCUUGUUGUUGUUGUUGUUGUUGUUGUUGUUGUUAAAUUAAACCAGACGUUGUACAGGCUGAGCUAACGUCAGCUAGCUCCAGCCAAACUAAUCACAGCCGUUUUAAAUCACAGCGGAGGAAUGCGGACGCUGACGUAGACAACCGACAACAACGGCAGCAGCUCGCGCUCCAGCUCCAGCUCCAACGGUCCAACAAAAAAAAUAAAUAAAAUAAAAUAAACUGUAAUUUUAAUUAAACUCUUUCUCACUCCUUUUCUUUUCAUCCACCCUUUCUGCUUGUUUUUUUAUUUUAUUUUUCCCAGUCAAGAAACCCUGCCUCUUGUUUCUGCCUCUUUCUCUCACCAGGUCACAUGACUGAGUGGAUCUCCACUCCCAACGCCCCAAACCCAGAGAGACUGUCCGGUCUGCAGCCGGAGCUGACAUCCGAGCUAACAUCCAGAGGUGGAUGAAGUAAACACAUCUACUGAAGAAACAUUAUUACACUAUUAACACAUCAAGUGACCGGAGGUGUAGGAGUCCCUUGAUUUUUUUUUCUUUCCUACUUCUACAACAUUCUCCAGCGAGUACGAUGGCCAGACGUCUUCACAUUGUGUGAUAUGUGACCAAAUUGGCCUUAUGAGAUCCAGGUUGGCCGCUGACGUUGAGCUUGGACGAAGCACAGAGAACAACCUCACACUGGUUUCCUUCAUGUCACGCCACAGUCAACCAGCAAGUUGGCCAGCAAGCAGCGAUGACAGUAACGUACUCUCGCAGGGUUGCUGAUGCAGGUCUGGGGACCUUCUUUAACCUUCUUCUGCGAUGGAAGGGCAGCAUCUAUAAACUGCUGUACAGAGAGCUCAUCAUCUUCACCUUUCUCUACUACUUCUUCAGUGUUGUUUAUAGGUUUGUGUUAAAUGAUGAUCAGAAGAGGCUGUUUGAAAAGCUGUCAUUAUACUGUGACCGCUAUGCAGAGCUCAUCCCCGUGUCAUUUGUGCUGGGUUUCUACGUCACCUUGGUCGUGUCCCGUUGGUGGGGCCAGUUUGAGAACGUCCCCUGGCCGGACCGCUUGGCAGCAUUAGUUGGUGGUCAUGUUCGUGGAGCUGACGACGCCUCCAGGUUGACACGACGGACUCUAAUGAGAUAUGCCAACCUCUCUGGUGUGCUCAUCUACCGGUCCGUCAGCACUGCUGUCUACAAAAGGUUUCCCACCAUGGAGCAUCUGGUGCAGGCAGGUUUGAUGACUUCAGAGGAGCUGAGGCACCUGGAGGACUUGCCCUCUCCACACAACAAGUUCUGGGUUCCUUGCAUGUGGUUCGUCAGCCUGGCUUUGAGAGCUCGGACUGAAGGUCACAUCAACAACGACGUGGCGCUCACAGCUAUUCUCACUGUGGCGACAGUGGCGGUCUACAGCUUCUUCCUGGCUUGUCUGAUAGGUCGUCAGUUCUUGGAUCCAGCUCAGGGGUACCCCGGUCACGAUGUGGACUUCUACCUGCCCAUUUUCACCCUGUUGCAGUUUUUCUUCUAUGUUGGUUGGUUGAAGGUGGCUGAACAACUCAUAAAUCCUUUUGGUGAAGACGACGAUGACUUUGAAACCAACUGGCUGGUCGAUCGCAAUUUGCAGGUGUCCUUGUUGUCUGUGGAUGAGAUGUACGACAGCCUGCCGCUGGUUGAGAGGGAUAUGUACUGGAAUGAGUCUGAACCUCAACCGCCCUACACUGCAGCCAGCGCCGAACACCGCAAACCCUCCUUCAUGGGCUCAGCCCUGGAUAUCAGUGUUCCUAAAGAGGAGAUGGAGUUUCAGUCCAAUCUGGAACAAAUCAAAGAACAUGAAGAAGCCAACUACUCCACCCCGCUGAUUGGAGGGCUGGGUCGUCUUCUCGGUGUCCACUCCCCAAGCUUUCCUCGAUCCUCUCGGGUCUCUUUGCUGCGCCGCCGCCCUGGCGCUCCACUUAGCCGCUUCCCUCUGUACCUGCACCCAGAGAUGCCAUCGCCUCUGAGUCAAGCCCGCCAGCCUUUUAACCACGAGCGAGAUCCAGACUAUGCCUUCUCCAACAUGCCCUUGUAUGAGAGACCGGGUUUCUACAGCUGCCCACAAACACCCAUCCACUGCAUGCCUCCAGCGGUGCCCCGCCCGCGACCUGCCCGGCGAACUCAGAACGAGUGGGACCGCAGCUGCAGCUCACUCGCUCAUCCAAUGGUGGGCUCACAGUUGCUGCCUCCUGACACCCCCAACCACAUCCCCCGACCACCAUCCUCUGCUUUCCCCUGGCUGGGGGAGGAUGGCGAGGUACAGAGUGCCCCUACCUUCUCCUUCCCCGACCCUCCACCUGAACUCUGCCCAAUAUCUAAACUCAGACCAGGACACGGCCUGCUGUCUCGUCGCCCUCUGCCUCCCCGCCUUACUCUAGAUACCCUCCCCACAGGUGACAGCCAACCAGGACCCCCAAGUGGUCGGACAGCAGGAAAUGGAGGAGAAAGGGUGUUCACGUUCACUCCUCCCUCUCGCACAGCGGCAGCAAAUCCCAGUAAUCCCAACAGCAGCUCUAGCAGCAUUAAUGCAACAAGCACCAACAGCGCUGGCACGACGGGAAGUCUCUGCAUCAGUACAAGUCACGGUAAUUUUAGUACCCAUGGGAACUUUGGCACCAACAUGAGGGCAAGCAACGGGGGCACCAAUGGCGGGCUGAGCAAUAACAUGAACACAGUUUCCACUUCACCAUCAUCCCAGCAAGAAACCAUUCAGCAAAACUCACCCAAUGAUUCAGGAAUCUCAUUGGCUGAAGGGGACCUGCUGGGAGUUUUGGUGGACGGUGGGGUGAACAAGACGGCGGGAGGAGGGAGGGAGCAGGACUGUGAAAAGAAGGUGUGACAGACGGCUGUUGUGUCACAUGUGGUAUUCAAAGUAUUUCACACAACGUUACGUCUGAGGUGCAUUAUCUGGAGCCCGACACAGAUCUGAAAAGUAUUUGUUGCAAACACAGUUAAUCUCUACUUCCUCAUGAGCUCUUGUACAACAAUUAACCUAAUUGUGAUGCAAAAAGCAGCGAUUAAACUGUCAACAUGUGAAAGAAAAAUAAGAAAUACUCUUAUGAAACUAAGACAAG